AAACCGAACUAAGACAGCAACCUCUAUCUAUCUAUCUAUCUAUCUAUAUUUCCAAGUCUAAAAAUUAUAGUGUAACUCUUUAAUAAAUUAAUGUCAAAAUCCUUGGCCCCGUCGAUACCGGAGAGGAUGCCCGGCCACGCUUCCAUCUCCUGACACCUCUCCACGUGGCAACCCCACCAGCUUCCAGGAUCCAUGCCGGUGCCGAUUAUUUUAAACACCAGUACUUAUUUUAAUUAAUGAUAUUGCAUAGUGGUGAUGGGAGCUGUGUAGAAAGAGACUUGUGCUUACCUCGCCUCGCCUCCUUCCUUAUCUUUCUCCAUCCUUUUCUUUCUUCCAUUCACUCCCAACUAGAGGGAUUGAUAGAGAAUAGAGAGAUGGGGAAUUGUCAAGCCAUAGAUGCUGCAGCGCUGGUUAUACAGCAUCCAAGUGGGAAGAUAGAGAGGUUAUAUUGGCCAGUUAGCGUUAGCGAGGUGAUGAGAAUGAACCCUGGUCAUUAUGUUUCUUUGAUCAUUCCAUUGCCUGUAUCUGGGGAUCAAGAAAACCAAGAACACAUCAAAACUGUGCAGUUCACCCGUGUUAAGCUUCUCAGGCCAAGCGAUUCUCUUACACUUGGUCAUGCUUAUCGCCUUGUUACCACUCAAGAAGUUAUGAAGGUGAUACGGGCCAAGAAGUACGCAAAACUGAAGAGACAGCAGCAGCCAGAAUCGGUUGACGAGAAUAAGUCACAGCUGCAGGUAGCACCAGAGAAGAAGCGAAGCACAGAUUGUGAGGCAGAAAAGAAGCCUAACACAGAGAAGGAUUGCAAGGAACCCAAACAUAGAAGACAUGGACACAGGACGCCAUCAAUCAACUCUGCUUCACUAAGGUCAAAGUCAUGGCGCCCCUCCUUACAGAGUAUCUCUGAGGCUGCUAGCUGAAGAUAUGUUGAAUUACAACCUGCGUAGUAGCCAAUAAAAAGCGCAAUAGAUUGCUUUCACCAUUAACAGAAUUUGGCAGUAAAUGGACAGAUGUGCCAUGGAUCCAGUGUUGUCUUAUACACAGCCAAAUAGAGUCAUUCAACCAAAGGCGGUGGAUAAUUAUCUGUGCCAUUGUCAACUUAAGCUCCCAGCAGAAAAAAUAUUCUCAAGCAAUAAUCUCCUGUACAGUUACAAAAGAGGCAAUGGAUCUGAUAUUGUUUGACAAUUAUAUUUUAUGAUGCCUCCA